ACGGAACAUAAACAAACGGUUUCCUUGCCCCCCCCCCCCCGAGAUAACGCGGCUGUGGUACUUACACGCAGCCUAGUCUUUUGAAUAAGGUAAAUGAAAACUCUCCCUUUGGUAGCACUUGGUGUAUUGUAAUGUAAUGUCAGCGUUUGUACCGAUCACCAGCUUUGUGCGCAGUGCGUCCUGCCGGCUCACAUGGAAAGGCUCCCCCCGCGUCCUUCAGCUGCUCACACCGAAUCCCGCAGGACUCACGUGUGUUUUGGCAGCCGGUAAAAAGGACCUAAUAAACCUUCCUGUCCUGGUUGAGGAUGAGCUCGAAGAGCAGUUUGUGAGAGGAUCUGGACCCGGUGGACAGGCGACCAAUAAAACCAGCAACUGUGUUGUGCUCAAGCACAUCCCCACUGGGAUCGUAGUGAAGUGUCACCAGACCAGAUCUGUGGAUAUAAAUCGAAAACGCGCCCGAGAGAUUAUGAGGGAGAAACUCGAUGUUGCGUACAAAGGAGACCUCAGUGAAGUUGUGUUGAAGAAGAAGGAGUCUGUGCUCAGAAAGCAAGAAAAGAGGAGGAAGGCCAACGAGAACCUGGAGAGAAAAAGACUCUUUAAAGACGCACUGGCUGCAGACUCCAAGCCUGGAAGUGACACUGUUUAAAAUGCUGUGUAGAAUAUGCAGUGAGGACAUGGAUGCUUGAAUGAGCCUGCAUGCUGUGUCUGCAAAACCCAAAGAGGUGCUGUCAGCUGUAUCAACCAGGCUUUUUAUUUGUUUACCUUCAUUCAGGCACAG